CGACGGCGAUCAGUUACAACUCGGGCUCUUCUGGCGAGGACAGCUCGGACGAUGACUCGGGCGACGACCUAAUUUUUCAACAACUCAAGAACAAGACCGCCAGCAACAUGGACUGCACUUACUGGGACGUCCAAAAGCUCAUCAAAUACACUAGGGCAGGAAAUCGUACAGCGACAAUUUUGGCUUUGUCCUGCUUGAAAGACCACGAGCUGAACAGCGUUUCUUGUCAGCAAGCAAUUCGUGAUAUCGGAGGAAUCGAGGUGCUCAUUAAUUUACUCACGACGAGUGACGUCAAAUGCAAGAUUGUGGCUCUGCAAGUUUUGUCUGAGCUCGCCAAAUGCACUUUGGUGCGAAGGAAUAUCACGGACUUGGGCGGCGUUCCUCAACUGGUCACUCUACUCGCCUCGCCCAGCUACCAUUUGAGACUCCUCGCGGCCCAAACGCUGGCGCACGUGGCGAAAGUCAGCAAGGCGAGCCGCAUGGUGCGCAAAUCGUACUACGGCCUUGCAAGACUGGUUGAUCUCUUAGACAUUCCAAGCAGUGUUUUGGAGAGAAAAAUCGAAUUACUGACCGACGAUGAAAAGCAAAUGCUGGACGUGGCCCACGCGGGUGCCAGAGCUCUGUGGUCGCUUUCGCAGAGUCAGAAGAAUAAGAAGGCGAUGCAACGAGCGGGUUGCAUACCCUUGCUGGCCAAAUUACUCCGCUCGGUGCACACAAACGUACUCGUGCCUGCCGCCGCCACAGUCCAGCAAUGCGCAACUGAAGAAAUUUUUAAAUUGGCCAUGCAGAAGGAAGGGAUGAUUCCAGAUUUAGUGACUCAUCUUUCAAGCAACGAUGCUGAAUUGCGGAAACACGCGGCGCUAGCAAUUUUUAAGUGUGCUGAGGAAAAGGCGACUCGCGAUGCAGUGAGACAAAACGGAGGGCUCGACCCAUUGGUGGAAAUGUUGAAAUCAGAGACAGCAAUGAAGGACGCCAACAACAAAGCUAUAGUGGCUGCUCUGAGCGGCGCCCUGUGGAAAUGCGCAAUCAGCCCUGAGAACGUGCGACGUCUUGAAGAGUUGCACACCAUCGACCUGCUCGUCUCGUGCCUCAAGUGCGAAGACAACGAAGAAGUUUUGACUAAUUUGGUUGGGGCUAUUGCCGAGUGCUGCCGUUCGCCCAACAACAGGAUCGCCCUGCGAAUGGCGGAGGGACUGCCACCUUUGGUAUCCUUGCUCUCAGGAACGAACCCAAAACUACUUGAAAACACGGUCCUGGCCCUGGGACACGCGGCCCAGGAGCCGCAGAGUUUGAAAAUCUUGCUCGACUUGGACGGGGUGCGACUUGUCUGGACUUUACUCAAAUGCUCGGACCCUAAAGUGCAGGCCAAUGCCGCCGCCUCUCUAUGCCCGUUUAUAAAACACUCAGAGGAUUCUGCCGAAAUGGUGCGCAGUCUGAUCGGGGGCUUCGAAUUACUGGUCAGUUUGCUCGCCUCGAACGACAUCAGAGUUUUGAGCAACGUUUGCGCGACUGUGAGUUGCAUUGCGAGCAAAGACAGGGACAAUUUAGGAAUCAUUACAGACUACGGUGUUGUGGAAAUGCUCGCCUCCUUAGUCAUAACCGAAGACCCAGGUUUGCGCAGCCAUUUAUCGACGGCGAUCGCCCACUGCGCCGAUUAUGGCUCUAAUUGCAGAAAAUUUGGACAACUCGGAAUUGUGCCAAUUUUGGUCGACUACAUGACCAGCAACAAUUUGAGUGUCCUCAGGGCGACCGCAAAUGCCUUGUAUAAAUUAUCCACCGAGCCUUACAACUGCAUUUGCAUGUUUGACAGCGGCGUCGUGCCACACUUAUUGAUGACGAUUGGUUACUCUGACGAGCACUUGCAAGAAAGUUCGGCGGGAUGUCUGAACAACAUAAGAAAAAUGGCUAUAGCAGCGCAACAAGAAUAUUAAAUGUUUUAUUGUAUUAAAGCUUAAAUACAUUUUUGACUAAUAUUAAUUGCAAAAAAUAAAAAUGUUACAUAGCUACGAUUAAAAAUUUAAUUCUCAACAGUGUUUAAUUUGUAUA